CCACUCACUGCCUGGGGUUUCCGUUCGAGAAAGGAAAAAAAACUGCGGCGGGGCCGAAUCGUCCCAGAGAGGGGUUGGCAAGGGUCCUUGAGAGUCUUAAUCGAAAUAGAUGAACUGCCUUUGCUCGAGUAUUAGAAGUCCCUGGACAACCCAUAUUUCGAGGCAGCAUCCGGCCCUACGCCGAUCGCUAUUCAUCUCCAGCCUUUGCCGUCUGCGCGAUUCAUAACGUUUUCCGCCAAGAUUCAACGAAGAUCGCGGCUAUCAUGGCCGAAGACGGCACAUCCCCAGGUUUCCCACCGCCGAUCUCGAAUCCAGCAGAUGAUGAGGGUCCUAGGAUUCUCGCCGCCACUCUUACAACCUGUAUAGCGGCGUUCAUCACCGUGUCGGCUCGGUGCUAUGUGCGAUGCUUCAUGAUUCGGAGUUUUGGUUGGGAUGAUGCCUUGAUGCUGUUUGCUCUGAUUGUCUCGGUGGGUAGCCAAGGUGUUGUCAUUUCAGAGGUUCACCAUGGUGCUGGACGACACAACGGCGAUAUUCCGGCAGAAGACUUCGAGAUCGGCAUGAUGCUCAAUUACAUCACGCAAAUCACGUAUCUGGUCGCCAUCUGCUUCGUGAAGCUCUCUCUUGGGGCUUCGCUCCUUCGUAUCGCCACCACCAAGUUCUAUCGCUGGCUGAUCCAGGGCUUGUUUGGUUUCACUGCCAUAUACACAGCCAUCAGUGUGAUUACGAUUUUCGCUCAGUGCAGCGACAUCCGAAUGAACUGGGAUUCGACAAUUCCCCGCCAGUGUUGGGGACAGGACAUCCUCAAGGGUCUCGGUUAUACCAACUCCAUCAUUGGCAUCAUUACCGAUCUCUGCUUUGCCCUCUUCAUCCCGAUCCCGAUGCUUUGGAAUCUCAACGUCACCCGCCGCACAAGACUUACGCUCUAUGCCAUCCUCGGCCUCGGAGCUUUUGCCUGCUCCGCAGCCGUGGUCAAGAUCACAUUCCUGGGUGAUUACGGAAAGAUGGGUGAUUGGAUGUACGACUCUGCGAACAUCACCAUCUGGUGGGUGGUCGAGUGCAACGUUGGUAUCGCAGCUGGAAGUCUGCCGACGUUGCGUCCCUUGUUCUCGCGCUUCCUUGGCAGCGUCUACGGGGCCAACUCCAGGAUGUCAGGAAACAAGGGAAGUACCAUCGCUACCGAUAAGGGGAAGUCGUUAGCCAGCGCCACCCGCCCCGGCAGGAACUGGCAGCCGCUCGGAAGCUCCGUGUCGGGGCCUGCCGAGACGGGUAGCCAAAGUGACUUGCACUUUGCUAAAGAUGAAGACACGUUCGAGAUGAGCAACAAGUAUGGCUUCGGGGGGACGACCUUUGCUGCUCGGGAUAGCAGCGUAGAGUCGGUUGACGGUGAUGGAAUACGAAAGACCACUGUAACAGAGGUCUCGUACUCUCGGCCCCAUUAGGGAGUGAUUUUGGACAAACUGGGAGAAGGAAACAGUCGAUUUUAUGAUAUAUAUAUUUUUUUUGGACGAUACCCAGGCGAGACGGCAGUGUAUUAGUACUUUUUUUUUUUUUUCUUUGUUUUUUGUUAGUUGACCAUCGUCCCGG